UGGAAGACUUUCCGAAACAUCUUCAGAAUUAUCCAGCUCCAAAAGUGCUAAAGAAAGAAGAAACCGAAGGAAAAAAAGACGGGAAAGAGAAUUGUCUGUCGGCGAGCCUGGAGGGAACAGCAAAAUGUUUCCAAAAUCAGAAUCGGAUAGUAGCAUCCGAAGGAAAGGAUUUCGGUUUUCCUUGGAAGGGAAUAGACUCACGUAUGAAAACAGGGUCAUUUCUCCAUACCAGUCAAUGCUGUUUCCCACAAGGCGCAAUAGCAGGGCCAGCUUCUCCAGUUUCAAAGGCCCAACCGCCGAAGGGAGUUCCGAUGCCGAUAGUGAGCACAGCACCUUUGAAGAAAACGGAAGCCGGAAUGGUUCCUACUUUGUUGUACGCAGGCAUAGCGACCGCCGCAGCAGCAACAGUACUGCUUCUGAGAUGGAAGGCAAAAAAAGGCGGUCCAGUUCUUUUCAGAUAUCGAUGGAUUUGCUGGAAGACCCCACCAUAAGGCAAAGAGCAAUGAGCAUAGCAAGCAUUAUCACAAACACAAUGGAAGAGCUUGAAGAAUCAAGACAAAAAUGUCCACCAUGCUGGUAUAAGUUUGCCCACAGUUACUUGAUUUGGAAUUGUUCUGAUAGGUGGUUACAAAUAAAGAAAAUUAUUUAUUUAAUUGUGAUGGAUCCAUUUGUUGAACUUGGAAUUACUAUCUGCAUUAUUUUAAAUACAUUGUUCAUGAGCAUGGAACAUUAUCCAAUUGAUGACUCCUUCAGCAGUGUUCUUAAAAGUGGAAAUGUGGUUUUCACUGGCAUCUUCACUGCAGAGAUGGUCCUCAAAAUAUUCGCCAUGCAUCCUUAUUAUUAUUUCCAAGAAGGCUGGAAUAUUUUUGAUAGCAUCAUUGUAACCCUGAGUUUAAUGGAGCUGGGUCUUCAAGAGGUGGACGGAUUGUCAGUCUUAAGAUCUUUCAGACUGCUUCGAGUGUUCAAACUGGCAAAGUCUUGGCCAACGCUAAACAUGCUAAUAAAAAUCAUUGGGAACUCAGUUGGAGCUUUAGGAAACUUGACCUUGGUGCUAGCUAUCAUUGUCUUCAUAUUUGCUGUGGUUGGUAUGCAGCUGUUUGGUAAAAGCUAUGACAGUUGUAAAUGCAAAAUUUCAGAAGACUGUACACUUCCACGCUGGCACAUGAAUGACUUUUUCCACUCAUUCUUGAUCGUGUUCCGAGUUCUUUGUGGAGAAUGGAUAGAAACCAUGUGGGACUGUAUGGAGGUUGCAGGUCAAGCCCUUUGCCUGACAGUUUUUAUGAUGGUGAUGGUGAUUGGAAACCUGGUGCUUCUAAACCUCUUCCUGGCAUUAUUAUUGAGUUCUUUCAGUUCAGACAGCCUUGCUGCUCCAGAGCAGGAAACCGAAGCAAAUAAUCUACAGAUUGCUAUAUCAAGAAUUCAGAGGGGAAUAAAUUACAUAAAGAGGAAGAUAUGUGAAUUUGUGCAAAGUGUUUUUUUGCAAAGAUGCAAGGGCACUCCUGGAUUAAGUGCAGCUGAUCAACAAAACAAUAAGAAAGAUCAGUGCAUUCCCAACCACACCACAGUGGAGAUCAACCAAACUUUUGGUUAUCAGAGGCCUAAAAUGAUCACCACCUGCAUGGUCAACAGUGAUCACAUGUCAUUCAUAAACAACCCAAAUCUUACUGUGACUGUACCAAUAGCAGUGGGAGAGUCUGAUUUUGAACAUUUCAACACGGAGGAACUUACCAGCAUAUCUGAACUUGAAGAAACCAAAGAAAAAACAAGUCUAUGCAGCUCCACUGAAGGUAGCACAAUUAUUUUCGCAUCUGUGGGAGACAAAGAAUCUGAUACCGCAGCAAAAGGCCCACCACAACCAAAACCUUGUUUUACUGAUGGCUGUGUACAGAAAUUCAGAUGUUGUCAGAUCAAUAUAGAGUCUGGGAAAGGCAAAUGCUGGUGGAACCUUCGCAAAACUUGCUUUAAGAUAGUGGAACACAAUUGGUUUGAAACCUUCAUUGUCUUCAUGAUUCUUCUAAGCAGUGGUGCUUUGGCUUUCGAAGACAUAUACAUUGAACAGCGCAAGACUAUCAAGACUGUACUGGAAUACGCAGACAAGGUCUUCACUUACAUCUUUAUUUUAGAAAUGCUUCUGAAGUGGGUGGCUUAUGGUUUUCAAGCCUAUUUCACCAACGCCUGGUGCUGGCUGGAUUUCAUGAUUGUAGACGUUUCCUUAGUCAGUUUAAUUGCCAACGCCUUGAACUAUUCUGAACUUGGUCCUAUUAAAUCACUUCGCACCCUGAGAGCUUUGAGACCUUUAAGGGCCCUAUCCCGCUUUGAAGGAAUGAGGGUGGUGGUGAAUGCCCUGGUAGGAGCCAUACCCUCGAUUAUGAAUGUGCUUCUAGUUUGUCUUAUAUUCUGGCUAAUUUUCAGCAUCAUGGGUGUAAAUCUGUUUUCUGGUACAUUCUUUGAAUGUGUUAACAAAACAGAUGGAGUAAGGAUUUCACAUUCAAUCGUUCCAUUUAAAAAUGUCUGUGAGACUUUAGACUAUGCCAGAUGGAGAAAUGUUAAAGUCAACUUUGACAACGUUGGAGCUGGCUAUCUCUCUCUUCUUCAAGUUGCUACCUUUAAAGGAUGGAUGGAAAUCAUGUAUGCUGCUGUUGAUUCAACAGGAAUAGAAAAGCAACCCCAGUAUGAGAAUAACCUGUAUAUGUAUCUUUACUUUGUCGGCUUCAUUAUAUUUGGUUCCUUCUUCACUUUGAAUCUUUUCAUCGGCGUCAUCAUUGAUAAUUUCAACCAACAGAAAAAGAAGAUCUUAGGAGGUCAGGAUAUUUUUAUGACAGAAGAACAGAAAAAAUAUUAUAAUGCCAUGAAAAAAUUGGGAUCCAAAAAACCACAGAAACCUAUACCCAGGCCAUCAAAUAAAAUACAAGGCUUCAUUUUUGAUUUUGUAACCAAACAAGCCUUUGAUAUCGGUAUCAUGGUUCUUAUCUGCCUUAAUAUGGUUACCAUGAUGGUGGAAACAGCUGACCAGGAUCAAUCUGUAGAAGAUAUUUUAUAUUGGAUUAAUUUGAUUUUCAUUGUUAUUUUUACUGGGGAGUGUCUCCUGAAAUUGAUUGCUCUCCGUUACUAUUAUUUCACUAUUGGCUGGAAUAUAUUUGAUUUUGUGGUUGUCAUAUUCUCCAUUUUAGGUAUGUGCCUGUCACAAAUCAUUGAGAAAUUCUUUGUAUCCCCCACUUUGUUCCGAGUGGUCCGACUUGCCAGGAUUGGUCGAGUCCUGCGUCUAAUCAAGGGUGCAAAAGGGAUCCGCACCCUGCUUUUUGCCUUGAUGAUGUCUCUCCCUGCCUUGUUUAACAUCGGUCUCCUCCUUUUCCUGGUCAUGUUCAUCUACGCCAUAUUUGGAAUGUCCCAAUUCGCCUAUGUUAAAAAAGAAUCUGGGAUUGACGAUAUGUUCAAUUUUGAAACUUUUGCUAACAGUAUGAUCUGCCUGUUCCAAAUUACCACUUCCGGUGGUUGGAAUUAUCUGCUGUUUCCCAUUCUCAACAAGGAGCCAGACUGUGACCCUAAAAAAGUUCAUCCAGGAAGCUCAGUUGAAGGAGACUGUGGCAAUCCUUCAGUUGGGAUUUUCUUCUUUGUCAGCUACAUUAUCAUCUCAUUUUUAGUUGUAGUCAACAUGUACAUCGCUGUCAUCUUGGAAAACUUCAGCGUAGCUACCGAAGAAAGCGCUGAACCAUUAGGGGAAGAUGACUUUGAGAUGUUCUAUGAGGUCUGGGAAAAAUUUGACCCAGGCGCAACACAGUUUAUAGAGUACAGCAAACUCUUUGAUUUUGCUGCCUCGCUAGAGCCCCCUCUGCUAAUACCAAAACCAAACAAAGUUCAACUAAUUGCAAUGGACCUGCCCAUUGUGAGUGGUGACCGAAUUCACUGCCUUGAUAUCUUAUUUGCCUUUACAAAGCGUGUUUUGGGUGAAAGCGAUGAAAUGGACGCCCUUCGUGUGCAAAUGGAAGACCGGUUUAUGGCUGCUAAUCCCUCAAAAGUCUCCUAUGAACCAAUUACCACCACCCUGAAGCGGAAACUUGAGGAGCAGUCAGCUAAGGUUAUUCAGAGAGCCUUUCGGCAAUAUCGCCUGAGGAAACCAGUGUGCAAUACAUCAUACUUAUACAGGGAUGGGGACGUUUUUCCUUCCAAAACAGAAACGACUUUUGAUAAAUUAAGUUUGAGCUUAACUCUGGAAAAGACAGAAAGAAGUUCCUCCACAACUUCACCUCCUUCCUAUGAUAGUGUAACAAAACCAGACAAAUACGAACAAGAAAAGUCAGAAAAAGAAGAAAAAGGUAAAGAUGACAAGGAUUAUAGAAAGUAACCCUGAAGCAGGCCUGUAAUUCUAUCUACACCAAAUGGUUUACAGCAUCAGAAAGAUAAUGCUGAUACUAACAGGAAUUAUGCUGAAGCUUAUGCCAAACUGACCAUUUCUACUAUAUCAACAUAAUAUAGUCAUGCAUCCAAGGUACUUGUAAUUUUAUCGUUGACUUAUGAGGACAAGAACAAUUCUUACCAGCUUGCACAGAUGAAGAGGAUUCACAAAAUUACUAUAGGCUGCAAGAAUGCAUUAGCAUUUGUGUGUGUGUGGUGUGUGUGUGUGUUAACAACCAAAAAAUAUUCCCUUGCUGCAGUAAUUGUAUCCAGUGUGUACAUCUCAAUUGCCAUUUACGUCAUAUUUGACAAAAUUGUUAGUGCAGUUGUAUUUCUCUUCACAAAUCAUUGUUUGUGAUUAUGUCCAGCAACAGAAUUGAUUUUUCACAGAUACAUUUAUAUAUAUGAACAUAUAUGUAUUUAACUUUGUUACUUAUAAUAUUGAUAGGAUCAUUGGGGAACUUAACCAUUGUAGGCUUAAAACUCUUGUCAGACAUUUGUAGGCUUGUCCAACAUUUAUCUGCAACAUUCUUCAGACCUGCAAGUUUCACCCUGAAAAAAAAACCCGUUGUCCAGCUAAGUUUACUAAAAGGUAAGCCUACCAGAAAAGAAAUGAGGGAAUCAAAAUAAGAAACUUG